UCUCCUCGUCCGUUCAAAGCCUAAGCACGCAUCUAUCUCGUUUGAAAUGCAAAGAAAGUUCAGCUGGAAAAGCUACGGCUUGGCGUAAAGCCUUCGCGGAAUUGCGCGCGAGCGAUAUGACGCGAUUGGUUGCGACGUCGCCCCACCUCGUCGCUGAUCAGUCGGGCUCAGUCGGUCUCGGACCUUCGUCGAGUGCGUGUUGCGUAUUGUUACUCGUGCCUGCGUACGCGAGCGUACGGAUUUUGUCACUGAAAAAAAAUCGAGCGCUCGCGCGUAGCAUGUCUUGACGAGUAGGAGAGACGCUUCAACAGAGUUUUCGGCAGAUAAGGGUUCUCCAAAAUGGCGGGUGGUCAACAGCUUCCGGAACAGUACACGGUACCACAGUACGCGAGGAUCUUCCACAGUCUGCCGCAUCUGAACGUCUCUCUACAUUCGGUCAAUAAUACCUUCAAUCCCCACUCCGAAAUCUAUUUGGAGAGCCUUGGAAUACUGGGAAGUAUUCCUGCAGCUUGGUUGAUCUUAACGUUGCUGGUGUUGUUGGUUUAUUUGGUAACAAGAUGUUGCGACCGGAGGCCGCGCCCCAAGAAGUCGAUAACCGCGCUGAAGUGUUCACUGGCCGUCCUGGCGUUGCUCUGCAGCGGUGCGGUCGCCGUCGGUCUUUAUGGCAACGACGACGUGCACAACGGCUUGGUGCAACUUGUGGCAGCGGCGAAAAACGUCGACGGGAUUCUCAUGGGCGUCAGAAAUCAGACCGAUACCAUAGAAGUGACUUUGAAGAAAAAAGUGCAGCCGCAGCUGACUGCCCUCGGAGACGAAUUCGACGCUCCGGUCAGCAAUAAGACUGUAUUAGGCUGGCUGUUGGUGGCAUUAAACGGCAUGAAACAGAACACGAGCAUCGCUGUAAAUCGGAGUUUCGAGAUUCGAAAGCCUCUGAGCGGCAUCAGUCUCGCCGGCGCUAUCGGGAUGGGCGAGAAGAUCGAACAGCUGCGAUGGCCCAUCACUAUGGCGGUCCUGAGCGCUCUACUCGUGCUGUGCGUCGUCCUGGUGGUUGGUGUCGCACGACACUCCAGAUGCGUUCUUAUAACAUUCUCCGUAUUCGGCUUGUUUGCGGUAAUCGUCUCUUGGCUCAUGGCGUCCUUAUACCUGGCCACUUCCGUAGCUCUAGGUGAUCUCUGCGUAUCGCCCGACGGCUAUUUAAGCAGAGCCGUACCGUCGACCCUAGCCUCCGAGGUGCUCUCGUACUACACGCAUUGCGAGAACACGCGCAGCAAUCCGUUCACGCAGAGAUUGCGGGACGGGCAGCGCGCGGUGAGCAACAUGAGGCAAAAUUUUAACGUCGUGUCGAAAUUAGCAGUGGACCUGUUCAAAGACCAGCAACUCCAACCGAAACUCAGCAGUCUGUCCACGGAUGUUAACAAUAUUGACAGACUCUUGUCGGGUUUGGCCACGUUAUUGGACUGUAAGCCGCUGCACAAGCAAUACGUUCACGCCGCUAAGAGUUUGUGCCACUUGGGAUUAUACGGAUUGACUUUCAUGCUACUGGCUAGUUUAGCCGCAGGUCUCUUGUUCACUGUACUGGUUUGGGUAGAUUCUCAUACAUGGAUAUACAUACGAAAACGAAGGGAUUAUCAUCAAGUUGACGAGCAAGAUCCUUACCUACCACCAUCGGCGGCCUCGCAGGCAAUUGCAGCGCGGACCCUUCGAGGCCAAGGGUCGUACCCGCCUACAGCCCCUACGCUUAAUUCGAAUGCUCUUGGCACUCAUAAUACGAUUAAGCAGCCUCUCUUGCUAACGCCGCCCCCACCGUCCUACGCUACUGCGACUGCUCGAGCACGUCAACUGCACGAGAGCAUGCUAAAAGGUGGGGGUGUUAACGGGAGCGGAGGGGCCGGGGAUCACAAAUCAUCUCAGCAUAAUCAGCAAUCAACGGGUGGGCACCGAGCUGAGCACCGUUCUGGACUCGGAGAUCAACCUGGCCAGUACGCGACUCUGAGCAAGCAGUGCAAGACUCUGGAAUCUAGUAGAGAACCACCUUGGACGCCGAGCGUGGCGUCCUUCACCGGUACCCUGUCUCACAAUUCGCAUGGACCCGCGCAUCUCGCCACUUUCCAAGAUUCCCGGAAGACGCAAACGCUGGAUCCGAAGAAUCUGGCCAGUCUGAAGCGGGGCCCCACCCCGGCCUGGAAUCAAAAUCGACCGCUGCCGCCGAAUCGGGCGAGUCAGCAGCCGACGUGGGAAUUCGAGUCGCGCUCGCAGACCAACAUGAAUCAGUUUAGAUCGUUAGUGCGAAACAAGGCACCUAACAUUCGCAUUCAGGAUCAGAUGCAGGAUCAGGUCAGAACUUUAGACAGAAAUUUCUCGCGUAGUCAGUUUAACGGCGCCGCCCCGCCGAACAGCACGGUGCCGAAUAUGUACGGUACGUAUAAUCGGGCGCAGGGCAGGCAGGAGAAACCGACGGUGGCUACGCUGAGUCAGGUACAGGGUAGUGAUCCUAAUCUGUAUGCUGUAACGGAACUCUAAUCACAGAAGCCGUAGACGGGAUGCGAUAUUAAAUCGAUCAGUCGCGAGUAUUCGCAGAGUAAAAAUGUCAUCUUUUUUACCUAAAAGAGUUUCGUCUUCAUAAAGAAGUUUAAAUCGUGCGAUACGGAGUUCCUAUAAAACAAAGAGAAUAAUGGCAAACUGAUUUCGGGGGAUCUGCGAUAAAAAGUGAGAGAAAUAUGAGGGGGCGAAAAAGUUUUAGAGAACUAGCAAACCUAGCAAAACCUAGGAACCUUGUGCGAGGCAUACUUUAUAUCCGAGAUUUUGUACUUGUAUAUCAUGUACAGUGAUUGUGGUACGUCCUUCUACGUUAUCUUUUCCCCUUAUUACCGCGUUCUUGAUCGGAUCGCGCGUGUGGUAUCCAGGAAUAGGCGGAAUGCAUACUUAAAGCGGCAACGUACGUAUUUAUCGCUUGUUGAUUGAUCAAAUGGGAAGCUGCACAAAUGAAUAAGCACAAAAAAUCUUGACACCAAGUUUUACAUUGACAUCGUUUACAGAGAUGUUACUCGUUCGUUCAUUCUAAAUUGGACGUUAAUUUUGCACAAUGCAAGUAUUGCGCAAAUAGACGCGAGAGUGGCGGUGACAACGUUCCCUUUUUUUUUUUAA